AAAUGUGGACUUUGCUGUCUGCUGAGUCUUGUCCUGAUGGGUUUGUUCGCCUAUGUUGUGCCAUGCGCUAGAGAACAAACCCACGAGGACAAGGUUCAGCAACCGUGAGAUUGUUUGCAUUGUCUACACAGCCCUGAGGAAAUCAAACGAAUGACUUUAGGAGAAUGCCUUGACGUUUCCCUUCUUCUUCAUUGCUAUGUUCCCAAAAUCUCUACACAGAAAAAGCUUCCAUUCACAUUCUCCUACUUGUGAUGAAACUAUGGACCUAGCGAGAACACCCUUUAUAAAACACCCUUUAUUUGGUUGCCAUGAUGUAAAAAAGAUGCACUCUUUCUAGUGCGGAGAAGAGCAACAAAGAUGAUUAGGGGAUUGGAGGCUAAAACAAAAGAAGAACGGUUGCAGGAACUGGGUAUGUCUAGUUUAAGGAAAAGAAGGACUAGGGGAGACACGAUAGUGUUCCCAUAUCUCAGGGGCUGCCCCAAAGAAGAGGGAGUCAAGCUAUUCUCCAAAGCACCUGAGGGCGGGACAAGAAGCAAAGGGGUGGAAACUCAUCAAGGAGAGAUUCCACCUAAAACUAAGGAGAAAUUUCCUGACAGUUAGAACAAUUAACCAGUGGAACAACUUGCCUCCGGAAGUUGCAAAUGCUCCAACACUGGAAAUUUUAAAGAAGAUAUUGGAUAACCAUUUGUUUGAAGUGGUGUAGGGUUUCCUGCCUAAGCAGGGGGUUGGACUAGAAGGCCUCCAAGAUCUCUUCCAACUCUGCUAUUCUAUUCUAUUCUAAAGUGAGAGGAAAGGAUUAUUGUACAGGUUGGGAAUAAUAGGAAAGAUUGCCUAGAGAUUAGAGAGAUUGGGGAACUAAUGGAAAGAUCCCUGGAUCUUUAUUUGAAGGCGAAAGAUGGGACUGAUUGUACAUUUCAUUGUUUAAUUAUUAUUUUUUUUUUUCAUUUUUCCUUCUUUCUCUGCAGCUGGCAUCUCUUCAGGAGCAGCUAGAAGCUCUGAUGGAAAAAUGAACCUCUAAACUUCCAAGAACAGAUGCUCUGAUGUUGACUAAGAAGUCCCUUCUCUUGGUGCUGCGGCCCACAUAUGCUUAGUGCAGACUCAUAACUUUUGAGCUGAUUAGCAAGUUCCUCGCAGAAAUCUAGAUAAACUAGAUUUCUAGUAAAGCUAGGUUUCUUACAAAUAACAUGUGCGCAGAACAUGCAGAAAAUGUGAAUGUUUUGCAAAGAGUGGGAUUUCCUGGAAGAUGGUCACAAAAACCAGUGUUCAUUGCUGAGAGCAAAAUUCACUUCAGGACCAUUUUUGGUUCUUUUUCAGUUCUUUGUUUUCCAACGAGCCCAAUGUCGUACUUGUUUUAAGUGGCAUGAAAUCAGUUCUUUCUGGCAUGAGGGAUGACAACACUCUGCAUUUUUGUAAAUACUGGUUGUGAGAGACAAAAGUUUGCCUCCUAACGUUCCUCUUUACCCAUUCAUGUUUUUGUCUUCAAGAGCGUUGUGAAAUAAAAACAAAGUUUUCUGUAUAUACUUUUAAUGUUAUUUGGGGUAUAUAUUUCACAGGUUAUCUGAUGCUAUUUAAGUAUAUUGCAUAUAAUGGCCCAACCACCUAGCAAUCAUUCUCACAACAGCUCCAAUUUCAAAAAAGUGACACUCACAAAAAUUUACCUUAGCAACUUGAAGCUGUAUAGACUUCCGCUUCCAGAAUUUCCCCAGCCAAGCGUGCCUUAGAAAAGAUCUUUUCCCAGAUGUCUGGGGGAAAAAACAAGGAAAGGGGAACAUAACAAUCACCACAUCGUAACUAUGGAAGAAACCUACCUCCUUAGCAUGGAAGGAGUCAAGAAGAAGAUUUUGCAUGGAGGUUACGGGAAACUGCCUCAUUUUCAAGAUGGGAGCAAGAUCACGUUCCACUUCCAGACUCUGAAAGAUGAUUUUGAGCGGACAGUGAUUGAUGACAGCCGGAAUAGUGGGGUCCCCAUGGAGAUCAUUGUGGGGAAGAUGUUCAAAAUCGAAGUGUGGGAGACAUUGCUGACCUCCAUGAGGAUCAACGAGGUGGCGGAGUUCUGGUGCGACGCUGUACAUACAGGAAUGUAUGCUUUGGUCUCCAAGGGCUUAAGGCAAAUUGCCGAAGGCAAAGAUCCUCUCCACAGACAGAAUCACCAUUGUGGAAUGGGCAACAUGUUUGACUAUCACAGCACAGGCUAUGAAGAUCUGGAUGAACUACAGAGGACUCCUCAGCCCCUCAUCUUCAUCAUGGAGCUAUUCAAAGUGGAGGACCCUUCUUCCUACAGAAGAGACACCUGGGCUAUGAGCAAUGAUGAGAAGUUGGCUGCUGUGCCAAAAUUACACACGGAGGGUAACCGACUGGUCUUGUCCAGGAAAUUCAAGGAAGCAGCAGAGAAAUAUCAGGAAGCCGUCAUCUGUUUGCGCAAUCUCCAGGUUAAGGAGAAGCCAUGGGAGGAAGAAUGGCUGAUGCUAGAGAACCUCGUCACACCACUUGUGUUGAAUUACUGCCAGUGCCUGCUAGAGUUAGGGGAAUACUACGAAGUGUUGGAACACACCACAGAACUUCUACAGAAGCAUAAGGAAAAUGUCAAGGCAUACUUCAAGCGGGCAAAAGCUCAUGCUGCUGUUUGGAAUGAGAAGGAAGCCCGAGCAGAUUUCUUGAAGGCAGCCCAACUGGAUCCUUCGCUGGCGGCCGCAGUGAGAAAAGAGUUAAGGAUCCUGGGAGAGAGGAUGAGAUCGAAACAUGUGGAGGAUUGCAAGAGAUACCGAGAUCUGUUCCAGCAGCCCCUCUCAAAAGUGGGGAGUGACGUAUCUGAAGAAACUUCUGUGGAACAAAAAGAGCAGGCUGGCAAUGGCCUCGCAGCAGAAAAGAAGCAAAACAACCCAGAAGCUAUGAAGCACGAGAGAGAAUUUGAGGCAAUAAAGAAUGAAACAAAUGAAGGAGAAGUAGCCGAAGAAGAGGAAGGGCUAUUGGUAAAGGUUGAGGAAAAAGAGAGAGAAGAUUUUGUCUCUCAGAAGAAAACGGAAGAAAUGGUGGCUGCAAAAGAAAAAGGAACACAAGACGACCAGAAGGAAAGACAAUUAUUUCCUGAUUCUGAAAACUGUACAGUAGAACAUUCUGAGAAUCAACAACAGUUAGGACCAGGACUACAGGAGGCGAAAGGAGAGGUUGAAGCUGCAGAGAUGAAUUCUAAGGCCCGGGAUGAAAAUGGAGAGAUUGAUUUUAUAACACUGACAGAAAAGCAAGACCUCAGAACAACCCAUAGUAACUCUGAUGGGAAGGCAGUAAUGCCGAUGAAUGUCACGGAAGAAGAAUCCAGAGACGGACACUAUGAGGCUGAAAUGAGGUUUGGGCUGGAUAUUUUCACUGGAAAGGGAGAAUAUGAAGGAAGCUGUGAGAACAGAGAAACCGAAGCUCAUAAUCUUCAUUGGAAAAUGGCCGAUGUGGAUCUUGGAUCAGAACAUGUCAAGGAAGGUAUGAGAAUCAAGUGUCUUGAAGAAGAGGAUUCUUCUCAAAUCCAACAAGAAAAGUCCCAAAGAGGAAUGAAGGCAUCAAAUGAUUUGGAUUGGGUGGAGGAAGUAGCUUUGAGGAAGGAAAAAGGGGACAUUGGUGACAAUUCCAAGCCAGAAAAAUUAUUUGGACACGAAGCAAGUCCAAGUUGUUAUGAGGCAAGCCCUGAAGUCAGAGCCACUGAAGAAAAUGGGGAAGAAGUAAUGGCCUAUAGUGCAAAUGCAGAGAUGAGCAUUAGAGAAGCGAGAGAUAACCACGAAGAAAAAGUUGGACAUGAUAAGGAAGGAAUCGACAUUCUGGGCAGCUCUAUAACACAGGAAAAGGUUGAGUGGGACGAGUCAGGGCUGAAAUAUUUGGAGGCAGAGUUAAUUCCCAGCACUGAAGCUAAAAAUUCGAAGAUAGGACCGCAGGGAAGAACUUUUGACAUGGAGCAGGUGGAUUCGCAAGUCACGUGGGAAGAGCCUGAAAAAAGAGGAGGAACUGAGCAAAUCUGAGGGGGAAGGACCUCAUCGGGGAUGAUUUCAGAUGUCAGGAAUGGAAGACGGCGGUUAGGAUGAUGCAUCAUUUACCAUGCAUUGCGCGGAAGACACAAAGACAAGCGUUUACUCAGGAGAGAUGGCUGGGUUGGAAGCAGCAGAGCCAGUGGCAUGUUUCUAUCCCAGGUCAGACUGCCUUGAUGCAAGAAAAAACUGGUUUCCAAGAAGGAAAAUAAUCUGAACAUGACAGUAGGAGAGCGCCUGUUGACUAGCUUACCUUUAGGAACAGGGCCAACGUGACGAUUCCCAUCCCCUUUGCUGAAGGAGCCACCUCCCCGUCUUGAGCAAUGACAUCCCAAUGCUAAGAUCUCCUGAUCCCCAUAAGUCACUUAGCAGUUAAUCAGCCAAUCAGAAUAGAGCUGGAAGGGACCUUGGAGGUCUUCUAGUCCAACCCCCUGUUCAAGCAGGAGAUCCUAUACCAUUUCAGACAGGUGGCUGUCCAGUUUUUUCUUAAAAACUUCCAGUGAUGGAGCACCCACAACUCCUGAAGGCAACUUCUGUUCCACUGGUUAAUUGUCCUCACCGUUAGGAAGUUUCUCCUUAAUUCCAAGUUACUUCUCUCCUUGAUCAGUUUCCAUUCAUUGUUUCUUGUCUUGCCUUCUGGUGCUUUGGAAAAUAAGUUGACCCCAACUUCAGUGUGGCAACCCCUCAAAUACUGGAAUACUGCUAUCAUGUCACCCCCGGUUCUUCUUUUUCUAGACUGGCCGUACCCAAUUCCUGCAACCGUUCUUCAUAUGAUUUGUCUCCAGGCCUUUAAUCCUAUUAGUUGCUCUUGUGUGCACUUUUUCCAAAGUCUCAACAUCUUUUUUUUGUAAUGUGGUGACCAAAACUGGAUGCAGGAUUCCAGGGGUGGCCUUACAAAGGAUUUACAAAGCGGAACUCUUAGUUCUUUCUUCUCGAUUUCAUUACAUCUAAACCCAAGAGAACGUAUCCUGACUCCUUGCUGGCCUUUCCUGAUCCGGCAGUGUUUUUGCGAAAUUAAAUAUUGAGUGACCUUUUAACGUCGUAAAUCUGCUGGUGUUUUCCAUUAGUAAAGAUGAAAUAGUGAUCGCUAACACUCAAUAAACUUUAAAAUAAAAAGUGA